AUGGAGCGUGUGGAAUCAAUGCUGUCGGCGUUGACACCGAUCCUAAAGAGGCACCAGUUAGGCAGCUGGAAGCCGGCUGAGGUGGAGCGACUCUGCACGAUGCUGAGAAAAUACGGUAAGCACGAGCCACAAGAGAAGUGCGGCACAUACUGUAACAGCGGCAUCACUACCACUGCUGCCUCUCUCCCUUCCCCCUCCAGCGCUCCUUCACCGCCGUCUAGUAGGGACGACAACGUACAAGGCGAGAGCGACACCGAUGAAGAGGCAUUCGUCGGUGCGAUCAGCGAGGUGGAUCGCUGUCUCAACCUCGUUCGCAACUUCCUUAAGCGCCGUAUGCCGUUCGGUGUCGUGGUGGAACCGACUGUCCCUGCUGGCAUUGCAGAGCCGCAAGCACCGCAAUCUAGUAUCACUGGCACCUCUUCCAAGAAGCGAGCUCGCUCUCCGAGCGGCGAGGCUCGAGUAUCCGCACCAGCGAGCAACGGUGUCCAUAGCGGCGCUGCGGUGGUUGCGGCGCCUGUGUACGCUGUGGAUGCGUUCCUGUACUCGGAGGCCGACAUCGAAAAGCUUGUGGAGGCGAAGAAGGUAGCACGGGAGUACUGCUGCCGCUGUGGCAGCACAGAUAUCAGGCUGUCGGAGUUUAUUACUCACUCCUUCUCGCAAGAUCAACUCCUUUACCUCAGCUGCUUUCUCCUCCCGCACCUUCUCGAGGUAGUCGUUGCGUCUGACGAGGCAUCGCGACCGCUCUCCAUUGUAGACGUCGGCUCUCGGCUCGGCAUUGUGCUGUGGGCGUGUGCGUUUGCGCUCCAGUGGGGCAUACUCGCACCACAGCGGUCUGUGGCCGCGGCACCAGAAGUGCAACUCGUCGGCAUUGAGUUGGAUGCGACGUUUGUGAAGAUCUCCCAGGACACGGUACGUCGCUUCUUCGCACCGCGGCGCCGCCACGCACCGAAGCUGAGCUUGCCCCUGCAGACCGCUGGGGCGGACGACGUGAGUAGGGAGCUGGCGGAUGUGUCGUCCAGUAUUCAGAUCCUACAGAGCGACUGCUUUGAGGGCGAUGCCGCCGCUGCCCUGUGCAGCAGCGCUCUUGUUGUGAUGCACAACGUGUUUGAGUACUUCUGCGCCUCCGCGGUCGAACACGCCCGCUGCUGGCUGAAGCUGCACCGCCUUGUGCACCGCUCUGGGCAGCUUCUUGUGUGCAGCCCAGCGCUCGAGGUAACAUUUGGCGCCUUCACGGACGAAGUUUGGUUGCAAGCGUGUCAACUGGAGAAUGAGAAGGACGCAGGCGCCACCUCGACGCCGCUGGCGUGGUUGGAGUCGUACGUGGAGCCGUUUGACACAAACGACGUGACCUCCGACUUUCUGACGCUGCGUGCGCUCUCUCGUGAGGGCUGCAACAGCGACGGUGACGGAGCCGUGCACGAUGAGAAUCAACAUGACCAUCAUCACGGGCACCGUUGUGGUCACCUCCAUCAUAGCAGGAGCGAAGCAGACGAGGGAGACGAGGAGGCGGUGAGUGAAGCGGUGGAGCAGAUUCAGCGGAUCUACGUGUACCGUGUCAAGUAG